GGGUGACUCCAAGCCGCCCGAACCGCGGGAGUUGUUGCCUCUAUAUCCGAACCUUCCUUCCUCUGUCUUCGACGCCUUUUCCCAGCCCAGCCCGGAUGACGUGGUCCUCGAGGCUCAGGCGAAAGGUUCGCUUUUGGGAAAGGCCAAGCGCUAACAUGGAAACUAAUAGCCGAUACAGCUGGCAAAAAGACAGCCGCGCCUCAACCCAAGAAGAAGGGAGCAUCGCCCACUGAUGCUGUCACCGAUGAAGUGAAGGAGAUGAAGAUUGACGAUGCGCCGUUGCCCAAGAGCCGAAACCUCGACGUCCUCUCGGAGUUUGAAAAGAGCAAAAACAAAAAUAAUGCCAGUUUUGUGGUGGUGGGACACGUGGACGCUGGCAAGAGCACCAUGAUGGGGCGGCUGCUUCUCGAUCUCAAGGUUGUUGACCAGCGGACUGUCGACAAACUCCGCAGAGAAGCCGAGAUCAUCGGCAAAAGCUCGUUCGCACUGGCCUGGGUCCUGGACCAGCAAUCCGAGGAACGCAGCAGAGGCGUCACGAUCGACAUUGCGACCAACAGAUUCGAAACAGACCGGACCGUCUUCACCAUUCUCGACGCGCCCGGUCACAAAGACUUCAUUCCAAACAUGAUUGCCGGAGCUAGCCAAGCCGAUUUUGCCGUCCUCGUCAUCGAUGCCAGCAUCGGCGCCUUCGAAUCCGGCCUGAAGGGCCAAACCAGGGAGCAUUCCCUGCUGAUACGCAGCAUGGGAGUCUCCCGCGUCAUUGUGGCUGUCAACAAGCUCGACACCGUCUCCUGGUCGGAGGAAAGAUUUAACGAGAUCAAAGACCAAGUCUCGGGCUUCCUGUCAGCCACGGGCUUCCAGCAGAAGAACGUGAGCUUCGUGCCGGUUUCCGGUUUGCACGGAGACAAUCUGGUUCGGCGUUCCUCGGAUGCCGCGGCAUCAUGGUACACGGGCCCAACUCUUGUGGAAGAGCUGGAUAGCUCGGAGCCCAAUGCGAGGGCCUUGGAGAAACCGUUGCGGAUGACGGUCUCGGAAGUCUACCGCACCAUGCAGAGCCCCGUCACCGUCUUCGGCCGGAUCGACGCCGGGUCUCUGCAGAUGGGCGACGCCCUUCUCGUGCAACCGAGCGGGGAGAAGGCCUACGUCAAGUCGAUCCAGGUCGAUGACGAGCCAGCCGACUGGGCGGUCGCGGGCCAGAACGUGGUGCUGCACCUCAGCCACAUCGAGCCCAUCCACGUCAGGGUAGGAGACAUCAUCUGCGACCCGGCCAAGCCCAUCCCCCGGGCGGACACAUUCAUCAUGAAGGCGCUGGCUUUCGACUUCUUGAUGCCCAUGCAAGUCGACGUGCACCGCGGGCGGCUGCACGCCGCGGGCAGGAUCGAGGCGAUCUCCGCAGUCCUGGACAAGGUCACAGGCGCGGUGACCAAGAAAAAGCCCAAGAUCGUCAAGCCUGCCAUGGUGGCGAGAAUUGUGGUCAAGCUGGAAGCGCAGGUGCCAUUGGAGGCGGGCCAGCGGGUCGUUUUACGAAGCGGCGGACAGACGGUGGCUGCCGGGUUGUUGGAAUAGAGCUGCAGUCGACAAUUGAGGCUCUUCGGCAGCGGUUAUAUGUGCAAUUACACACCUAUACAUGCUAUUUAGA